AGAGUGUAUAGACCAUGAUUGGUCGAUAAUAUUUCAAGCGUUUUCAUUGGUAGCCGGACCACUUGACACUAGCCAAUAGCGCAUUCGAACGUUGCAUUCGAACGGAAUUUGUUAUUUUUUCAAUCACUUUAUCAGGUUCUGGAGUUUUGGUCCUUUGGUUCUUUCUUUCUUUUCUCUUUCCCGGAAAUCGAAAGGAUUAAAAUAAUGAGGUUUGUGGUUUGUGUAAUGCGUAUUCCAAAAAUGUUUUAAGUUUUCUGUGGGGGAUGUCGAUGUCCAAGCCUUUGCCUUGACGGUCACAUGCGGUCAUGCGAGUUUCGUUCUCAAAAAAAAAUCAUCAAACUGUGAUGUGCGAAGAAGAAGACUUGAGGAGUAUCUUUUCAAAACAAAAGCUCAUGAAAAGCUCUUUCAACAUCGCCAUGCUAACAGCCAACACAAACUUUCAGCUCUGCAAUUAUUAUUCGUAUAAACGUUACUGUCGCGGGAAAAGCUAAUUAAAAGGCGAGCUAGUAUAAGUAAAAGUCGAGUAACCCGGUUUUGAUGUUACAUGAGCUAGUUCAACAGAUCAGUUGAUUAUUGCCAUCUAACCAGUCCUCGAAUGUUUGAAAGUAUGAAGCUUGUUCUCAAUUCACGAAAAGAUAAGAAAUUCAGUAACGUAUGUUAUCACUUAUCAGCAGAUCACGGAGUCGUCCAUAGUCCAUGCAAUGCCCAACUGAUGGCCUUAUUGGGAUUUCAUCGUGGGACUUUUUUUGAAGUGAUUAUCCUUUUGAUUAUAUCGUGAUGACUGGAUGAAUGCUGCAUUUCAAAGACCGAGAUGUUCUGGCGAUCGCUAAUUAGAGCAACCAGUUGAAGAAUUUCCCUGCUUCAGUAAAAAGGACCAAAGAGUUCACCAUCGAGCUACUGAAGCAAGGAAAUUCUUCCGAUGGAAGAUUCAUUGCUCAAAACACUGCAAAUAUCUUGAAUGCUAGCUGCGAAGUGAAUCUAUUGAUUACCCAUUAACCGCGUUUUAUUAAAGUUUCCAAAUGGAAUAUUGAUGGAUUGGAUUCAUUAGUUCUUAUUCUAAUUCUUCAAUAUUCCAUUUGGAAAUAGCAUCGGAUGUAUUUCUAUCUUUUUCAAUUGAUGAAAAUACUUAUCUCGCCUUAUGGUUUAAUAAUUUCUGUACCUAGAAUUAGCUAUUUUAUGUAGGUGCUUUUGGAGCAUUAUUUUUUUAUAAUUGGAAAAUAUUCCUAUGUUAGCACUUUCUAUGUAUUAGAAAUGUUCAAUCUACUCGUAUGUAUUAAGUUACUUGGUAAUUCUAAUUGGAGGUACGUACUACGUAGCUACCUACCUGUACCUACAUUGAGUUUAAUUAAGAUUUUGAUUUUACCUAUAAAACAUCAUUGAUUGGGAAGCAUGAAAUGCGAUUUUAGGAAUAAAAGUUUCAUCUCCUUAAAUUUUCUGUAGGGGAUGUCGAUGUCCAAGCCUUCGCCUUAAUGGUCACAUGCGGUCAUGCAAGUUUCUCAAUUGUCUCAAAAAAAAUCAUCAAACUGCGAUGUGCGAAGAAAAAGACUCGAGGAGUAUCUUUUCAAAACAAAACCUCAUGAAAAACUCUUUCACCGUCGCCAUGCCAACGGACAACACAAACGUUCAGCUCUGCAAUUAUUCAUAUAGACGCCAUCAUAGCGGGAAAAGCUAAUUAAAAGGCGAGCUAUAAUAAGUAAAAGAGUAACCCAGUUUUGAUGUUGGAUGAGCUACGGCUUGACACCAGUUGAUUGCUGCCAUCCAACCAGUCCUCGAAUGUUCGGAAUUAAGAAGCUUGCUCUCAAUGCACGAAAAGAUGAGAAAUUCAGUAACGUAUGUUAUCAGCAUAUUACGGACUUGUCUAUGCGAUGUCCAACUGAUGAAAGUGAUAUGACUGAGAAAUGUCCUGAUCCAUCGAAAAGUAAAUCGGACACCGUCAAAUUAGAUUGGAAACUAGAUUGGAUGACGAGUUUCGGAAUUCUUCUUUUGCCUUUUGCUACGUUUGCCAGCGCAUGGUAUGCCAGAAAAGAUGACGAUGAUGAAAAAAAUCGUGUGAAACCUGAGAGAAGUGCUGAAGCAACCAAAUUGGAUAAUUACCUGACCGCAAUUAAAGGAGCAUUACUCACUAUCGACGACCCAGAACACCGAUUUUUGGAAUGUAGCCGUUUUAUUGAACGUUUAGGUCAGAAAAUUCCGCAAUACAACAACACUACGUUGGAAGUCGUUACCAGGCAAACUUGAGUCUCUCAGUUCUCGUACCAAGUUAUCAAUUAUAUCAAGCUGUCAUCGAGUGUAAAUAAUAAUCAGAAUAACGUGUAUAUUGUAAGUUCUAGCCUUUCUCAAUAUCAAACUUCGGUCUCACAAUUCUCGUACCAUGAUAUAAAUGAUAUCAAGCUUUCAUCGAAUGCGAAUAAUAUCGGAUUAAACGUGUAUAUUAUAAGUUAUUCAGAGCUUUUCUAAAUAUAAUAAUGUAAAAUGUUGUGUGA